AUGGAUCGCACACCCUCACUGCGGCGCAAGCACGUCACAGCAACAUAUGGCAAACGCCGUCGGAUGCAUGCUAACAGCGCUCAGUCGUCGCCAUCGGUCGCUCGUUCCUCUCUCGCAGCCGCAGACGUCACUUCAUCAUCGAGCCUGUCCUCUGACGGUGAAGCUCGUCCAUCCGAUCCUCAGCCUACGCGCAGAAAUGCCGUCAACCACUCAUCAUCUCCCCAAACCGCUCGAGCCAACAAUACCACUUCCAAAGAUCGUCCCGCUCUUGCACCAAUAUCAGUCGACGACGUUUCGCCACUCACUGGCUUCAAGUCCAAAUCGUUCGCCGGUCGAGCAUCCAACGAGAACCCUUCGUCUACUCUUCCAUCUGCCCGCGCCUCCACAUCUCGGUCAGCAUUCAUAUCUAGGUCGGCCUCGUCAACCACGCCAGGCUUAUUUCCAAAGCCAGGCUCGCCGUCAACAGCACGGAACCCCACGGAAUCGUUUCCCCAGCGUCCACAAGGAGCUGCUUCUCCCACUGCUGCAAAGUCGCACCGAUCGCCUGUCAAGCGCAGCGUCAGCAGCUCGCCCAAAAGACGUUCUGUAUCUCCAUCCAAAAGACCCGCUCGAUCGCGCACUCCCUCCCGUCCGGCUCAAGAUCUCGCCAGUCUCUUUGAUGCCAUCGAACCCACAUUGCCCCAGCCUCGCAAUCCAUUUGUCCGCAGCGAGAGCCAACCCACCGUUCACCUCCAUCAAUCCGACGCCGAGGUGUUGCUCUCGACACAACCUGUGUUUGCCCCAAGCCCACUCCCAUCACCCACUCUACCGGUCAUUGAUCUGGUCGAUGACGACGAUCAUAUCACCCGUGGUGCUUUCCUUAGCCCGUCCAAGCGGCCCCGGAUGGCAGACAGGAUGGGUCUCAGAGCCGCUCGCUCCACCAAACCAAAGGUGGAUGAGAUCGCCGAAGCCCUCACCAAUUCCAGACGCGGAUCACUGCGCAGGACUGAGACAGCACCUUCAGCACUGUUGAAUGCGAGCGCUCCAGCACCACUGCCUUUCCAAGCUGCUCAGCGUCUCAAGGAGGACCAAGAACCCAGCGUCGGUCCUUCGGAUGCUGCCUCCAGCCGAUUGGAUGCCACGUCGCAAGCCGACACCCAGUCUCAAGACGGAACCCUCUCGGCAUCUGGCGCUCGACGUCUUGCUGGUAUUAAGCAAGCUUCGGCGAGCAAUGCCAAACGCACUUAUGGCCUCCAACGCAGCUUCCUUGCAGAUCAGGCAGAGGACAAUCUUCUCACCCAGUCUGCUGCUCAGCCGUUCUCUAACGUCGGUUCGCGCAACAUUGAAGAUGAGAUCGAGGCGGAGCUCAACAGCAACUCCAAUGGUACUGCAUACCGGAAUGGGUCUGCUUCUAAUGUUGCGUCCACUGUCCGCAUGCCAGAUUCGGGGACCGCAGCGCCACGCGAAAGUUAUGCUGAGCUGCUCAAAAAGUGGGGCGAAGGCGCCGACGACAUAGAAUGGGACGAAUCCCAAGAUCCCACGCUCAACCUCAAGUCCAUCACCUCGCUGCGAUCCCAAGGCGAGCUUCGACGCUUUAACGACGAUCUCGAGUACCUCUUCUCUGGUCUUGAUGCUUCUCAGAGUCUCUCUAUCCGCCGAAGUUCGGUCAUCGAACUCGUCAACCUUUUGUGCGGCAAGCCCGAUCUCUGCGGUCUCCGCCAAAGCGAUGCCAGCGAGGCUGACGAUGACGACGAUGUUGAAGAUCCGCUCGCAUCAGCCCAGUCUGCCGAAUUUCUUCGCAAGCUCAAGGCUUCGGAUCUGAUCGCUCGGCUCUUCGACCUGUUCAAAGGUGCAGAAGCUGGUGAGGGUGUUGACGAUGUCCUGGAUGCCGCCAUGGCCAUCUACAUCGCCAAAUUACUCAGAACUGUCUCGGGUGCGGAGCCUUUGAUUCGCGAGCAUCGUUCCCAGCUGUACGAUACACUUCGUGACCUCAUAACGAGAGCAGACCGGCCUCACCGUCAGAACCGAAAGGAUGGCUUUGCCUUGCUUCGCAUGCACGAGCACAAACAGCUCAAAAUCGCUUCCAGAUCCGAUCGCAAUACGUUGUCCGAGCUUCGAGACAUUGCACGCAUCUCGGGACUGUUUGCGAACGGAUCGAAGAGCUGGACGCUGCGCAACCUCGUUCUGGCAGCUUGCUGCUCAUUGAUCAGCCUUCCUCGGCGUCUGUUGACCAAGGCCGCGAUCAGUGAGUUGCUGAUUGACGCCGAAAGCGCAGAGGACACUUCAAAUGCUUCUCUGUUUGCUACCGUACUUAGCCUAUUGGUCUCGGAAGGCGCCAAGGCGAAACAAAGGCUAAUUGACUCUGCCAAAGGCCUCGAGCUUGUGACGUCUUCUGCCGUAGAAGUCAUGCCAGAUCUCGAAUCAGUCGACGUCUGCAUCCGCUUCCUCGAUAAGGGGAUGGAUGCUCUCUAUCUCGAGUUGGAAUCAGCCGUUCCUGCAUCAAGCGAAACCCUGGACGCGUUGCAGCACCUCGUCAAUUAUGCUAUCCAGACGGCACCCUUUGGCAUAUUCCAGCGCACAAAUGAUGCACAGGCUGUUGUUGAACUCGGCACAAGUCGUUGCGCUCUGCAAGUCUUGCACGGCCUCUUCAAGUCGUUGUUGGACCUGAGUCAGGUCGAUGCAAAUUGGAGCGAAUCGCUAGCCUCCUCGCGAUCUCUACAAGAGUCUGUGAUCAGAGCGUUCUCUCUAAGCUUCCACAAUGCCUUGGAGAUUCGCAAACGGGCUGCGCGUAGCAAUGGAACCAGACACAGCAGGGACAAACAGGACAGUCGAGAGCAGGUCCAUGUUGAUGAUACUCCAAUCGUCGAAGUGGCGCUAUUCGACGAUGUUGUCCAUCUCUCGCUCGCGCUCCUCACCAAUCUCCUCAUCAAGCAACUUGACAAAGCGCGCAAUACGCUCGAAUCGGUACACCUCGACCCUACUUGUUGGCGUCGACGAGCCUGCGCUACAGAGUGCACCUGUGACACUCGGCUCUCUGCGCUCCAGCUCCUUGCCCGUGUCUUCUUAGGCACUCGAAUGGCAGCAGCGAACCACAACGACAGCAACGCAGCCUACCUCUCUAACUCGAUUGCCACCGCCAUUGCUCAAUAUGCUGUUGGCAAUACUACUCGUCUGAAGGCAUGUCGAGCUGCCCUCGAUGCCGAACUUGCCACAUCCAAGAGCAAGACCGGCGACACCAGUGUGAUCAGAGAGGAUGGAUUCGGGACUUUGCUGGAGGCAGUGGAAGAGUUUGCUGUAGUGCAUGAGGCAGCAUUGCACGCAGAUAGAAUGACAGCUGCAGGUGUCAUUGCAGAGGUGACUGUGGACGCGGGCCUGGAACAGGCAGAUGACGACAAUGUAACAGCAGAUACGGGCGCCAUUGAAGCUCCAGACGACAGCAGCAAUUCGGUAGCUAUCGAGGCUGGACAACUCAUCAAAGAUUUGGCCGUCUCACUUCGUCAGAUGGCCUAG